GCAGUGGGCGAAGGAACCCGUCGGCCUCUCCUUCCUCCGGAAAGAGGAAGCGGAAGUGACGCUAGGGACAGGUGGGGGCAAUCAUGGUGCCGCUGGGGAGGGGAGAAGCUGCCGCUGCCGCCGUUGCCGGGAGCCGCGGAGAAAGGCCAUUACCGUUCUGUUUCUCACAACUGGGCUGAGCACAACUGAACCAUGGGGGAGCACAGUCCAGACGACAACAUCAUCUUCUUUAAGGGAGAGGAAGAUGACCUAACCCCGGAUGACAAGAUGCUCAGGUUUGUGGAUGACAGCGGACUGGUGCCGUCCUCAUCUGGAACUGUCUAUGAUAGGACCACUGUUCUCAUAGAGCAGGACCCUGGCACUUUGGAGGAUGAUGACGACGACGGACAGUGCGGAGAACACUUGCCUUUUCUAGUGGAAGGUGAAGAGGGCUUCCUAAUAGACCAGGAAGCAAUGUCCCAGGGUUAUGUACAACACAUUAUCUCACCCGAUCAGAUUCAUUUGACUAUAAACCCUGGUUCCACGCCCAUGCCAAGAAACAUCGAAGGUGCGACCCUUACUCUGCAGUCAGAAUGUCCAGAAACGAAACGCAAAGAAGUCAAGCGGUACCAGUGCACCUUUGAGGGAUGCCCCCGCACCUACAGCACAGCAGGCAACCUGCGCACCCACCAGAAGACUCACCGCGGAGAAUACACCUUCGUCUGUAACCAGGAGGGCUGCGGCAAGGCCUUCCUCACCUCCUACAGCCUCAGGAUCCACGUGCGAGUGCACACAAAGGAGAAGCCAUUUGAGUGUGACGUGCAGGGCUGUGAGAAGGCAUUCAACACACUGUACAGGUUGAAAGCACAUCAGAGGCUUCACACAGGGAAAACGUUUAACUGUGAAUCUCAAGGCUGCAGCAAGUACUUCACCACACUCAGUGAUCUGCGGAAGCACAUUCGAACCCACACAGGAGAAAAGCCAUUUCGGUGUGAUCACGAUGGCUGUGGAAAAGCCUUUGCAGCAAGCCACCAUCUUAAGACUCACGUCCGUACGCACACUGGUGAAAGACCCUUCUUCUGCCCCAGUAACGGCUGUGAGAAGACCUUUAGCACUCAGUACAGCCUCAAAAGUCACAUGAAAGGUCACGAUAACAAAGGAACCGUGUACAGUGCACUUCCACAACACAAUGGAUCAGAGGAUACAAAUCACUCACUUUAUCUGAGUGAGCUGGGCCUUCUGUCCACGGAUUCUGAACUGCAAGAAAAUUCCAGUGCAACACAGGACCAGGACCUCAGCACAAUUUCACCAGCAAUCAUCUUUGAAUCAAUGUUCCAGAACUCAGAUGACCCUGCGGUUCAGGAUGACCCUCUGCAGACAGCUGCCUUGAUCGAGAGUUUUAAUGGUGACGCAGAGUCGGUCAGUGACGUCCCACCGCCUGCAGGAAACUCGGCAUCUUUAUCUCUUCCGCUUGUACUGCAGCCUGGCAUCUCUGAGCCACCCCAGCCUUUGCUGCCAGCCUCAGCUCCGUCCGCUCCUCCACCUGCUCCCUCCCUAGGACCUGGUUCCCAGCCAGCUGCGUUUGGCAGCCCCCCUGCUCUCUUGCAACCUCCAGAAGUGCCUGUUCCCCACAGCACACAGUUUGCUGCUAAUCAUCAAGAGUUUCUUCCGCACCCCCAGGCGCCACCCCAGACCAUCGUACCAGGACUUUCUGUUGUUGCCGGGGCUCCUGCAUCAGCAGCAGUAGCAUCAGCUGUGGCAGCACCAGCCCCACCACAAAGUACUACUGAGCCCUUGCCUGCUAUGGUCCGGACUCUGCCCCUGGGUGCCAACUCUGUCCUAACUAACAAUCCUACCAUAACCAUCACCCCAACUCCCAACACGGCAAUCCUGCAGUCCAGCCUAGUCAUGGGAGAGCAGAACUUACAGUGGAUAUUGAAUGGUGCCACCAGUUCACCACAAAACCAAGAACAAAUUCAGCAAGCAUCGAAAGUCGAGCAGGUGUACUUCACCGCUGCAGUGCCAGUAGCCAGUAGCACAGGGAGCUCUGUCCAGCAGAUCGGCCUCAGUGUUCCUGUGAUCAUCAUCAAGCAAGAGGAGGCCUGUCAGUGUCAGUGUGCCUGCAGGGACUCUGCCAAGGAGCGGGCAGCCGGCCGGAGAAAGGGCUGUUCUUCCCCACCCCCUCCAGAGCUGAGCCCCCAGCCUCCUGAUGGGCCCAACCUGCAGCUGCCACCCUAGACUUCUCCCUCACCCUUGCCCCCCUCAUCCUCCUCUACCGGACCCUCCUCCUGUGAGCAAAGCAGACAGGCUGAGGUUCCUCAGACCCUCCGAAGUGUUAAGUGCCAUGGACAUGUCAGAGUUCCUGUCCCUCACAGCCUGGAUGCCUCAUCCAAUCCAGUUCCGAGCGAAGCACUACUGCAGGGUAGAGGAGACGGCCUGGCCAGCAGCUGCUCGGGGGGACGGGCCUGUGCGCGCCCCUUCAGGAACAGGGUGAGCAGGAAGUAGCGGGUGUGAUGCUGCCAUCAUGGGGUCAGAAAUUGGAAGGAUGAAGAAAUCUGCCAUCUGAAAGCCUCAUCUUUCAGACAUAUUUUCUUUACUCAUAUCCCAGGAACAUCCAUUUUAAGGAACUGAUCUUUGGAGGAAAACAAAAACAAAAAAAAGAAAAAAAAAGCUAAGUUAUAAGUGGACUGUCUGGCUGCACUGUGUGUCACUUUUGCUUAUUGUUCUGUGAACUUGGAAA